CCCUGUUCCUUGGCAGCCUAGAAACCAGCAUGGCCCCCACACUAGCCCAGGCCUAUCGGCGGAGAUGGUGGAUGGCUUGCACAGCCAUGGUGGAGAACCUCUUCUUCUCUGCUGUACUGUUUGGCUGGGGCUCCCUGCUCAUCAUGCUUCAGAAGGAAGGCUUCUAUUCCCACUUUUGCCCAGAGAAGAAUGGCACCAACAGUAGUGAGAGCCAGCAUCCUAUGGAGCAUCAGUGGCCCACCUGUGAGAGCCAGGAGGAAAUGCUGAACCUGGGCUUUACCAUCGGCUCCUUUGUUCUCAGUGCCACCACCCUGCCCCUGGGCAUUCUCAUGGACCGAUUUGGGCCCCGGCCUAUUCGCCUGGUUGGCAGCUCCAGCUUCGCAGCUUCCUGUGCCCUGAUGGCUCUGGCCUCUCAGAAGCCCUUAGUUUUGUCUCCGCUCAUCUUUCUGGCCUUGUCUCUGAAUGGCUUCGGUGGCAUCUGUCUGACCUUCACUUCGCUCACUCUGCCCAACAUAUUUGGAAACCUUCGAUCCACCGUCAUGUCCCUGAUGAUUGGUUCCUAUGCAUCGUCGGCCAUCACAUUCCCUGGAGUUAAGCUGAUCUACGAUGCUGGUGUGUCCUUUGUAGUCAUCAUGUUUACCUGGUCUGCUCUGGCCUGUCUCAUUUUCCUCAAUUGUGCCCUCAACUGGCCCAGUGAAGCCUUCCCUGCCCCAGAGGAGGCCAAUUACAUGAAAAAGAUCAAGGUGAAUGGGCUGGCCUUAGACCACAAGGUGACCGGCGAUCGCUCUCUUGUCCAUGUUACUACCACGAGUCAACAACUGAACCAGAAGACCCCAAAUGCAGAGGAAGAAAGGGAGUUCUUUUCAUUAUCUCAAGAGGUGGAAGGCACUUUGGCUGCCACUCCUGAGAAAUCUGUCCCCUUUCGGAAAAGCCUCUUUUCUCCCAUAUUUCUCUGGAGUCUCCUUACCAUGGGUAUGACCCAACUUCGGGUGAUUUUCUACAUGGCUGCCAUGAACAAGAUGCUGGAAUUCUUAAUCACUGGCGGCCAAAAACUGGAAACAGAGGAGGAGGAAUGUUACAUGAAGGAGCAAGUUGGCUUCUACUCCUCCGUCUUUGGUGCUAUGCAGCUGCUGUGCCUCCUCACCUGUCCUCUAAUUGGCUACAUCAUGGACUGGCGAAUCAAGGAAUGUGUGGAUGUUCCUGGUGAUGCCAACAUCCUAGAAGAGACCAGGGACGGGAUUGCUAAGAAGGAGACCAGAAUUCGCUACGGAAAGAUCCAGAAACUCACCAAUGCUAUCUAUGCUUUUCUUUUGACCAACACUCUGCUCGUGGUCUUUGGGGUCACCUGUCUCAUCCACAGCUUACAUGUGCAGCUCUUAUCCUUCAUCCUACACACAGUGAUUCGAGGCUUCUACCACUCUGCCUGUGGGGGACUCUAUGCUGCUGUGUUUCCUUCUAAUCACUUUGGGACACUGACUGGCCUGCAGUCUACAAUCAGUGCCAUAUUUGCCCUUUUGCAACAGCCUCUUUUCAUGGUAAUGUUGGGACCUCUUCAUGGAGACCCUUUCUGGGUGAAUUUGGGUCUGCUCUUCUUCUCCCUACUGGGAUACCUGCUGCCCACCCACCUCUUCUUUUAUCGUGCAAAGCUGCAGAAAAAGCUCUACUCCUGGAAGGCUCCAGAAGUGUCCUAUUUGCAAGAAACAGUUGCCUAGUUGGGGGAAGGAGUGCCCCCACUUGGUACCCCCAGGAACAACCGGAGGAAUUGCCCCAGCUUGGAGUUUCUACCUGCAACAUAUGCACAUAGCCACGGGACAUGGAUUUAUAAAUACAUGAGUUCUAUUUUUGUAGGAACUUGCAAAAAAGUCAAAACCAAAAAAAGAAAAAGCCCAAAACAAAAAAAAAAAAAACAAAGCACCCCACAACAACCACCAAAAGAAAAAAAACCCACACAGAAAUGCUCCAUUGAUGAAGGCCAGGCUAGAGGGCUUCAUGGCAGAUUCAGAGUGGAAAGACUUGUUUUCUUUUUCUCUUGAAACCACAAGGCUGCCUAGGGCCAGGGCUACCCACUGACCUCUAUGGGUAGAGGUGCCAUCCUGGUGACAGACAUUUCUGGAGACGAGACCCAUGGGGUGGCCUCCCAUCCCCUGCACAGGGCCUGUGGGGUUGGGCCCAAGAUGGGUAUCUGGCCGGAAGCUAGAAGGGGAGCCUGACUUUGAGGGUGGGAGGGCAGGUUCCCUCCUUGUCGCUACUGCUAUGGCUGCUGCCAUUGUGGUUGCCACAAUGGAAAUAAAAAGGGAAGCAAGA